AUGUGCUGUUGUUCGGUAAAAUGCUGCAGAAUUUAUCUAGCAGUAAUAGCAGUCAUCAUUAUUAUUGCUGGAAUAGUAGUAUGCAUCUUCUCUGGACUCGUAAAAAACGAGGCUAUCUUUGAUAGUAACGAUGACUUCCAAAAAUAUGGUCGAAUUCCUUUUGCUCUUAUUUUAAGUCUUGGAAUCAUUUUACUUUUGACUGGACUUUACACAUUCAUAACAUCUUAUAAAUACAACAGAAUCAUGAGAAUAAUUCUUGGAUUUCUGGGCUUCAAUUUAUUUAUUACUUUGAUCGUAUCUGGUUCUAUUCUAAUUGAAGUAUAUAAUUCUGGUAUGGAUUUGAUGGAUGAUAAUAUAUGUGGAACAUUAGACAUUAAGUAGUAUAAGGAAAAUGACGAUAUGCAUAACCUUGUCCUAUUUGCUGGGUUUUAUGACUUCGUUCUAUUAAAUCUUUCUAAUGAAUUCAUGUGCUCAGAUGUAUGCCCAUGUAAAAAAGUUGACGUUAAUCUAUGGAGUGAAAAUCAACUAAAUUUUGCAAGUAGAACCAAAUUUUAAUACGACGAUAAAAGAUAUGAUGUAGAAUAAGGUUUUUCGCCACUAAUUUUCCUUGAAAACGGAGGUUACAGUAAUUUCUAUGAUUGCUUGUAGGUUGAUAAGAUGGUUGAUAAAAAAUACCCUAAUAAGUCAGCAUUAAUACCUAAAGGCAUACUGCAGAUCAUAAAAAAGCUUGAGAACUCUUAUUUCUGCAACAAUUUCUGCGAGUCUAGUGUGUUCUUUUUGUUCAGAGAUAUAACUGAGGGACCUCCAAAAAGUAGCUGUUAGAAACCAAUUAAAGACAUGCUUAAAAGAUUAUUAGAAAAUGGGGGUAUUAUCUGUUUCUUUGCUUCUUUCUCAUCAAUCUUUCUGCUUCUUGGUUUGUUCUUUAAUUGCAGAUAUAAGAACAUGACAGAUUACGAAAAUUGGUAAAAAUAGGUUUAAGACAAUGAAAACGGGUAUGCAAUAGAGGAAUAUAAAAUUGAAGAUUCUAAUGAUAUAGGCUAUUAAAGUAGAUAAAGUUAGAAAGGACUUCAUUUAAGACAAAAUGAUAUUGGAAGUAGAAGUGUAAACAUCAUAGACGGUCAAGUCUAAGUCGAGUAUGUACUCUCAAUCAAUUAGGAAUCAACCAGAGAUAAUUCUCAUCUAAAGUAGUCAAUUAACGAUGAUAUGAGAAAAGUUGGAAAUUACAUCUUCUACGUCAUUCUCGGUCUUGGUCUUAUUGUUGCUAUACUAGGACUAUUUGGAUUUUUGACGAUUAAGUGUCAUAAGAAAUGCUGCAACUGUUGUUAUGGAUUUUGGAUAUUAAUGUGGGGUCUCAUUUUUGGAGCUGUUGGAAUUCUUUUAGUUUUGGUAGGAGAUGCUGUGUGUGGUUCAUCAACCAAUAGCAAAUAUAAUAAUCUUCUCAAAGACAUAUCUGAUACUUUAAAUUCAAUUGAUAAAGACAUCAAUAAGUGGAGUGCCUAGUCAUUCUGCACUACUGAAUGCCCAUGUAACUCAGACAUGCAGGUCAGACUUUGGAAUGAAGCUAGAUUGAAUUAAGUUUACAGAACAUAGAAUACUACCUUCGUAAAGAAUGGAUUUACUUAUUACGCUAUAUACAGAAAUGGCUCAGACGGUUACAGAAGCUUUGAUAAAUGCUUGACAGGCUACCUCUAUCAAAAGGAUUCCUCAAAAUAUAAGCUAUCUGAUUUCACAAGUAAAUUCGUGAAGGAAAUCGAGAAUUUAUUCGAUUGUAAUGGUAUCUGUAAUCCAGGCAUAUUCUACACCUACAAAGAUUUAAAAGAAGGCCCACCGAACCAAGACUGUAUGGAAUCACUAAGAAAAACAUUCAAAAAUGUUACUGUCAAUGUUGGCAUUACUCUAGUAGUAUCUUUCAUAUUCUGCUUCAUUGCCUUUGUAACUCAGUAUUGGCUUUGCAGGCCCAUGCCCAAAGAUGAGCAUCGUCAUGGACAUGAUGAUAAAAAGAAGCAUGAUAAACAUCACAAGCAUAUGCCUGUUUAAUAAAACACUUAAAAUGGAUAUCAAUAAACAUAAGGUUAUCAGAACACAAUGCCUAAUUAGGUAGCCCCAUAUGGACCAGUAGACACUAGUGUGAGCUACAAUGGUGGAGUUUCUCCAAAUAAUUCAUACAUGGGACAAAUGAAUUACUAACACAGCCCAAACAUUCAAUAUUAGAAUGGUUAUAAUGGCUACAAGCAGUAUUGA